AGGGCAUAACAUUAUUUCCAGCUGUUUAUAUAGGGAUUUAAUUGUUGAAGAUCGAGUUCAAAACACUUGGUUCUGAUCAGUUAAUCUUUAUAAAUAUAUAAGAGUGAGAACAACGGAAAGAGUUUCAGUCACCUGUUUUCAUCUUUAUCAACAUGUACUUUAAGUUCUUGUUUUUAUUCGUUUUAUUGGGCGGAUUAUUGCACCUGAAUGAAGCCCAAACAACAAGCUGCUCGAAUAAUUGUAUUUUUCCUGCAAGAUGUAAUCCCUACUUUAGGGAUCUGGUAUGGACAGUAGUAGAUCGCGUUUGUCGCGUUUUCCAGAACGGCUGCAUCUUCGGAAAUGAAAACUGUAUGAGGGCCAAUCGAUGCUUGCCACCCAUGGUAGCCACUUCGAGGGAGGAGUGUAUGAAGGAGAUAUACUGCCCAAGGAUGUGUUCUCGGGGAGCUCCUCCAGUGUGCGCAUGGUUUCCCUAUACGUUAAGCAAUGGAACUACUGGUGGUCGGGAUAUGGCCUUCGGGAGUCGCUGCGUACUGGAUAGCUAUGCCUGCCGUAACGCUCAAGCCUAUGUAAACGAACCACGCAUUGGACGCUGCACUUAAAAUAAAUAUAUAAAAAAAUGUUUAUCAAUAAAUAUUUAAAAUAAAUUGCUGAA